AGUAGAAAAAUGGCAGCGCCCAUGCAACGGGCAAGAGUUGCUUCUUGGAAACUGUUUUCACGACACUAUAGAAAAAAAUCGACCAAAAUAAUGCACCCAUCAGAAGAUGUAAGAAGUAUAAAAGAAAACGAACUUCCAAUGGAUCCCACGAUAUUAAACAAGAUAAAGGAUGGUGAAAUCAAACCACGGAAAAAUCCUGGGAUAAUGAGAUUAAAGACUGUUGUUUUACCAAUAAGACUGGAGAAAGCUGUGGAUUUAUUAUUUCAAAAGUAUGGAAUGCAAGGUAUUAUUAGUGAUUCAAGGAAGUUAAAUACAAGUUUAAUGACACGACAAAUGCCAAUGGAAAGAGCCGGUGUAAUGGAAAGGAAGAAUGUUAUUAGACAAAAAAUUUUGGAAAAAGAUAAAAAUAAACAUGGCCCCAUUUCAUCUGACAAAGAAAUGGAAUAUAUGAAUGAAAUAGAGAGAAGAGUUGAAGUGGAAUUGAAACAUAAACAUUUAUCCCACUGGAAAAGUAAACAGUAUGAUGCAAAAAGUGGUAUGAAAUAUAUGAUGGCAAGAAUGGCUCAGAAUUAUGCUGUAUUAUUACAAGUCUUGAAUGAAAUUUGGACAAGAGAUCCAACUUACAUACCAAAAAGUCUAUAUAAUUAUGGAUCAGGGCUAGGUUCAGUUAUAUGGGCAGCUCAGAACAAUCCUGAUUGGCAGAGAGACAUAUCUCAGUAUUACUGUGUUGAUCCUUCUGUUGAUAUUAAUACCAUAGCAAGAUUACUGUUACAAGAUGGACAUGAGGAGAAAUCUAUGCAUGUAAAUGGAGUAUUCUUUAAGAAGUUCCCACCAUCACCAUCCACAAACUCCUUCUCUACCGUUGUGAGUGCCUACACAUUAAUAGAAUGUGAAAAUAAAGAAGCUAGACAGAAAAUGGUGCAGUCAUUAUGGGAUAUGACAGAAGACUAUCUGGUGCUUGUAGAAAUUGGUAGCUUUGUAGGACAUAGAUUAAUACAGGAAGCUAAAGAAUUUAUCUUAAAUAUUUCCGAUGAAGAAGAAACAGAUAAAAAAGCCUCAGUGUUUGCACCUUGUCCACAUGACAUGCCAUGUCCAAAAUUCAAACUAGCACACAAAGUUCCCUGCUAUUUUGUUGCAGACUAUAAACCUCUAGAGAAAGUUGCUAAAAAGGUAGAUAAAACUAGUGAAAGAUAUACCUUUGUGAUAUUAAAAAAGACCAAGGAACAAGUAGAAAGUGUACGAUGGCCUCGUCUUGUUGCUAAUUCGACCUUUGCCAAUAAACAUAUACACUGUAGAAUUUGUUGCCCAACAGGACAGUUGGAUCAUAUAAUAAUUACAAAGAAAAAGCACUCAAAGGAAUUAUAUGCCUGUGUGAAGAAUUCAAAGUUAGGAGAUUGUCUGCCUGUGAUAUAUACAAAUGAAUCAACUAAAAAGCAUCAAAAAUUGAUUAAAUACAAACAAUUACUGUCAGAAGGGAAUGAGAAUGAAUUAGGAAACAUAAGAGAUUCAAAACCACAGGGAGGGGACCCAGAAACUGUAUCAUCAGGAGAACAGGAUGAAGAAAUCAUUGGCUCUAGUGAAGUGACUGAAUCAGUUGGAGAUAUGGAAGGCCAUGAAAGUGAUUCUGAAUUAGAGGAACAUAGCUAUAGUGAUACUGGAAAUUUUUCUGCAAAACCAGACAACAUUUUAACUUGAUUAAAAUACACAAAAUGCAAAUUAAAAAA